CUUGAAAGUAACGAAAUAGUUUGAGUUUCAUCGAUGGAUGAAGACCGUUUACGUCGAAGCAUAUACAGCGAAUUCUACGGCAACAGGGGCCGUUCGUUUGGCCCGCGUGGUGCAACUGCAAGCUUCAUUUCAGCUAAGGAAGAAGGAAGUGUACUAGUAAGCAAUCCAGACCCAGCAGACCCAGAUCUUCCUUCGUUUCCCUUUGAGACAAUCCGUAUAUCUUGCAAGUCAGAUGCGUAUCAAGGAAUUGGUUAUUCGUAUGCUGGUGUCAUCAUUUACUCGUGUGACGGCAAAUCAGAGUGGCAAACCGCCAAUGGCACCCGUUGUAAGAGUGGAUAUCUAGUUAUUAUGGAUACCGGGACUGAGAAAGUAAAGAUAUAUCAAGGAAAGAGCCCAGGGCUUGUCCAUGGUGCUGUUUAUAGAAGCGCUUUUGGCGAAGAAUGCACAGAAAGGGAUGUCAACGCCGAAGGUUUCUCUGUGAUGAACGGAGAAUUCAAGAUAAAUUCGGGAGUGUUCAAUCCAGCACAAGAUGGCUACCACGACAACAAAAGAUCCAUGCAUCAACUUUCGGCACGAUGCAUAAAGAAGGUAGUUGAUAAGUGGAUGGAAGCGGCUGAUAACUUCUGUGAAGGCAGAAAUUAUAUGGUCAAGGACUUGCAGUAGGAUUCAUGGUUCAGUGUUUUGUUUUCAAAGAAAGCAAUCAGUAAUUUUCAGAUUAAAUUCUGAAACGGGCGCUUAUAAACUGAAGUUAUGAUAAUUCUCGUUGUCUUACGAAU